CCUCACAUUUCACUUCAGACUGAGGCAUCAUGAAGUCUGCCCUGACACUUCUUGCUACUCUUACUUUUUUUCAAAUCUGCUGCUCUGGUCCCGUGAGCCGUCCGACCAACUGGCUCAGACAAUGCCGGGCGUCCACCAACAUUUCUCUCACAACCCUGGAAGUCCUGCCAGGAGGAGGCUGGGACAACCUCCGGAACCUGGACAUGGGCCGAGUGAUGAACCUCAGCUACUUCCAGUGCCAAACCACCGAGGACGGACUUUACCUCAUUCCAGAUGAGGUGUUUGUCAUCCCUCAGAAGCAGACAGGCGUGGAGACCAACUCAGAGAUAAUCAGCUCCUGGCUGGAGCAGAAAAGCACCACAUCUCACUCCAUCAAUGCUGAUGCAUCGUUUUUCUCAGUUCUGAAUGGCAAGUUUUCCUUUGAGAACACAAGGAUGAAAUCACAUCAGGUCAAGGAUUCUUCGACUACAGCCAGAGUACAGGUUCGCAACUUCAUCUACACCGUCAAAGCUUACCCAGACUUCACUUUGGAUUCUCGCUUUGUUCAGCAAGUCAAAGAAAUUGUUGAUGCAAUUGCAAACAAUCAGACAAGGAAUGCAGAGUACCUUUCAGAGAAGAUGGUGCUGGACUAUGGAACCCAUGUUAUCACCAGUGUAGAUGCCGGGGCAUCUCUGGUGCAGGAAGACUAUCUCCGUUCCUCUUAUGUGUCAGACAGUUCUUCAGAUACCUCCACUGUUAAAGCUCAGGCUGGGUUAAACUUUUUUGACAAACUAAAAUUUGAUAUCAGCAGUCAGUCUAGCCAACAAAGCUCAUCACUUAAAACAUACCAGUCCAAUAUUCAGUACUCCCUCAUCCAAAGCCAUGGGGGCAUACCUUUUUAUCCUGGAAUCACUUUGCAGAAGUGGCAAGAAAAUACCAGGAAUAAUCUGGUUUCUAUUGAUCGUUCUGGGUUCCCCAUCCACUAUUUUAUAAACUCAAAUACUUUUCCUGAUCUGCCACAGCCUACAGUUGGCAAAGUGGCUCAUACAGUGAGCAUGGCAAUAGAGCGCUACUACAAGGUCAACACCCGCCCUGGUUGUGUGGACAUUGGUUCCAAGAACUUCAACUUUCAGGCUAACGUUGAUGACGACUCAUGCGAGGGUCCAGCCACCAACCUUAGUUUUGGAGGAGUCUACCAACAGUGUACAAAACUUACCAAAGAUGCAGAUCCACUUUGCGAAACCCUUGCCCAGAAAAAUAUUGCAACAGGUGAUUACUCCUGUCGCUCACCUUACUCCCCAACUUUAUUACGAUCAGAAGUGAGACAGCAGGGUUACACAGAAAAUUACUGCUAUGACGUUAGCUAUGGAUGUGGGUUUUUGUGGUUGUCCACUUGUCAUCGGAAAAACUGUCAAAAUCUCUAUCGUGUUCGCUCUGCUCGAAUAAAUACGUACUGGUGCUCUGUCAAUGGAAAAGCUCCAGAAAACUCAGGGUAUCUGUUUGGAGGAAUCUACGGCACCUCUUUCGAGAACCCCGUCACCAAGUCCAAAAGCUGCCCUGCAAACUUCAUUCCAGUGAAGUUUCUAUCAGAUGGCCAAAUUAUCUGCUUGAGUAAUGACUAUGAGACUGGCACCAGAUACUCCAUCCCAUUUGGAGGUCUCUUCAGCUGUGAGUCUGGUAACCCACUGGCUAAAAACCAACGUAGAUGCCCUCCCAAAUUCAGCCAACACCUCGCCACAGUUAGCGAUGGCUGUGAAAUUCUUUACUGCGUCCAGUCUGGCCUGUUUACAGGGGGUGACCUGAAACCAAUCCUCCUCCCUCCUUUUACUAAAUCUCCUCUUGUGAGCAUGCAAGCCACCAACACAGUUAUGGUGAUGACAGAAGGAGAACAGAGCUGGGUCAGGGUGGGGCCCACUAAAUCAUGGAAACUUGUCAAACCCGAGGAAAUGCCAGACCUCAUUCGAAAGUUCAACCCAGAAAUGAAUCAGAUGUCAAGUGGGGAAAAGGCAGGAGUGGCAUUUUUAGUGAUGGGUUUGAUAGCGUUGGUGGUCAUAGUGGCAGUGAUUGUUAGGAGAAAGAGGAGGUACUCUCGAUUUAGGUCAGGUGGAUAUGAGGAAAUAGCUGAAGAGCCAGAGAGGGAGACAACCCAGGAGGAGGCGUAAAACGGCAGUCCCAUGGCUUUAGAUCGGGUGAUUUUCCUUUGAUUCUUAAAACAAUUUUUCCACAAAUUUAAAGAUUUAUUUUGUGACAGAGAAUAUUACUUUUUUACACAUAAAACUUUGUAUUAUGAAUUAUGAAACUUAAAAGAGAACUGCAUUUGUUUUGCAAUAUAAAGCGCACACGGAUGAAAGCAAAACUGACUUUUAAACUCUGUAAAGCACCACUGCUGCCCCCAUGUGCCAAGUGCACAUGGCAAAUAGCACAUUUACUGUAUAUUAUUAUUAUUACUCUACUUGGUAUGCUUUGAUGCUGUGUUUAGUUAGAUUUUUCUUUGUUAAAAGCUCAUAAAAAUUAUUAAAACAACUCAGGUUCACUUUGAUUUGUGUCAUGUGUAAACCAGGUUAAGAGCUUACUUUUUGUAUACUGCCAAUAAGACACUCUUAAUGUAUGCUUGCUUAUUUGACAGCAAUAAUAACAAUAAAACUAGUAAAUGUG